AUGUCAUCCGAGAAGCUCGGCACAAGUAACCCGGUGGUUGCUCUUUUUGGACCUCUUUCACCGUCCCUGUCGCAAUCAAACCUCACCACACUUCGAGGCACUAUUCUCUCUUCUUCACGAUAUGCGUGGGUCGACCAAGUACUCGCCUCACUGCCUUCGGAUUACCAAUCCUUAGUGAACAAUUGUCCCGAAUUACACAACAAAGCUAGCGAAGCACAAAUCGUUGACUUAGCAGUGUGGUUAAAGACCGGACAAUUGGCUCUAGGAGGAGAGCAGCUGCCCAACUCGAUUCUCGCACCCCUUGUUGUGAUUGCACAACUGGUGCAGUACGGGGCUUUUCUUGAUAGCCAGGAUGCCAUCCAAGAGCAGCCUAUCGUUGAGGAGACGGUAGGAUUUUGCAUUGGAUUGCUGUCUGCUUUCGCUGUCUCCCUCUCCCCUCAAUGUACGACCACAGAGUUUGCGCAAAACGCUGGAGUUGCCGUACGUUUGGCGAUGCUUGCUGGCUGUGUUGUCGACCAACAGCAGCUGCAAGAUCCCAGGGGUCCUUCGAACACAUUUUCCGUCGCAUGGAAGCGUGUCGAUUCCAGAGACAACCGCAAGGAGUUGGAAGAUAUUCUUGCGAAGUUUCCAGAUGCCUAUAUCGCCGUAGCAUAUGACACAACACGUGUGUCGCUCACCUCGAACGCUUCGAUCUUCGAGCCACUCCAACGCGCCUUGCAAGAUGCCGGUUUUGCCGUUACAGAACUUGGACUUUCAGGUCGUUUCCACAGCACACCCGACCACAACGUUGUAUUCGACUCUAUCGUUGAGUUUUGCGACAAGAAUCCCAAGUUUUCGUUUCCAAGUAGCACAUCCGCGCUAAACAUCCCAACAAGGAUUGACAGCAACGAUGCCCCGCUCAAGGACCAGACAAGCAUUCACAAGACUGCGCUUCAGUCUAUUCUAUUACACCGGUGCGAAUGGUACAAGAUUGUUUCCGAACUAAAAUCGUCGUACCUCUCCAGCUCCACCUCCUUCGUCGCUUUCGGUGAACGUUGUAUGCCAGCAAGUCUACUUAGCGGGCUCUCUGGACGCGUCACAUAUUUCGAUGACCCAACUACGCCGGCACUAAGAGUGAACCCGAAUGACGUUGCUGUUAUUGGUGUUGCCAUCAACGUCGCCGGUGCCUCCUCUGCCACUGAAUUCUGGGAUCUCCUCGCAUCUGGAAAAUCACAGCACCAACUCGUAAUGGACGAUAAGUUCACCUUCGAGACGACUUUCCGCGAGAACGACCCCAAGAGGAAGUGGUAUGGUAACUUCAUUGAUGGAGUAGAAGACUUUGACCACAAGUUCUUCAAGAAGACACCAAGAGAAAGUACUGGCAUGGACCCUCAGCAGAGGUUGUUGCUACAGUGUGCUUAUCAAGCCGUCGAGAUGUCAGGGUACUUCAAUGACACCAAGCAGCAGGCUAAUGCCGAUGCGAAUGGUCCUGACCCAAAGAACAUUGGCUGUUACAUCGGCAUGUGCGGCAACGACUACGUGGCGAACACUUCGCACCACGCACCCAAUGCCUUCACAGCAACCGGAACCCUUCGUUCGUUUGUUGCUGGAAAGCUUUCGCAUUACUUCGGAUGGCUCGGACCCUCGCUUACUCUUGACACUGCUUGUUCUGCGUCUGCAGUCGCCAUUCACACAGCAUGCCGUGCCAUCUUGUCUGGAGAGGUCACUGCUGCACUAGCUGGUGGCACAAACACUAUCAGUGAGCCAGGCGUUUACCAGAAUCUUGCUGGUGCAUCUUUCCUCAGCCCAACUGGUCCCUGCAAACCAUUCGACGCAAACGCCGAUGGUUACUGCCGUGGUGAAGCUGUGUCUGCUGUCUUCCUCAAGUCUCUUUCUCAAGCUCAGAAAGACGGGGACGCGAUCAUUGGUGUUAUCUCUGGUACUGCCGUGGCACAAAACAGCAACGACACUCCUAUCGUAGUACCCAAUGCUCCUUCUCUGUCUACCCUUUUCAGAUCUGUUCUUGAGACGUCCAAUUUGAAUGCACAGGAUGUGUCGGUCGUGGAAGCACAUGGCACUGGUACCCCAGUUGGUGACCCAGCAGAAUACGCCGCGAUCCGUCGCAUCUUUGGCCAAGAGAAGGACAACGGAAUCAAGAGACCUGUCCCUCUGCAGCUGGGCUCAGUGAAGGGUCUGGUCGGCCACACUGAGGGUAGCUCUGGAGCAGUCAGUCUUGUCAAAGUGCUUUGCAUGUUGCACGAGGCCACCAUCCCCCCUCAGGCUAGUCAUACAGUCAUGAACCCAUCAAUCGGAGCAACCAAGAGCGAUGGCAUUCAAAUCACAUUGCAGCCAAAGCCUUGGAAUGCCGACUUCAAGGCUGCUCUCAUCAACAACUAUGGUGCAAGUGGAAGCAAUGCUUCAAUGGUUGUGACCCAGGCACCUAAGUUUAGGUUGAAGACCACCACCACUGGUCAAACUGCUCAGAACGAUGCAGACCUCCGAUAUCCGUUCUGGUUCUCCGGUCUCGACGACAGGAGUAUUCGCGCCUACACAGCCAAGCUCCAAGAUUAUCUUAAGCGGAGACCUAAUACGUCCAUUGCAGAUCUCGCAUUCAAUAUCUCUCGACAAUCCAACCGCACUCUUCCUCGAGCUCGAAUCUUGAGUGCGCGAUCAGUUCCAGAUCUUGUUGGCAAGCUCACUGAGCUAGAAAACGCAGCUACUUCUUCCAUCGACGUUCUGCCAUCUCGGCCCGUCAUUCUGUGCUUUGGCGGCCAGCUGUCCACCACUAUCAACCUCGAUCGUGCAGUUUAUGAAAGCAAUGUUCUUCUGCGCCAGCACAUGGACCGCUGCAAUGCCAUCGCUAUCUCGCUUGGUAUUGAGAGCCUCUACCCCGCUGUCUUCCAAGCCACGCCCAUCGAGGACAUCGUUCUUCUCCAGACUGCCUUGUUCGCUUUACAGUACAGCACUGCUCAGUGCUGGAUUGAAUGUGGUGUAAAGCCUGUCGCUGUGAUCGGACACAGCUUUGGUGAGCUCACCGCUCUGUGCGCAUCCGGUGUUCUCAGCCUCAAGGACGCACUGAAGCUGAUCAUUGGCCGGGCUACCCUUAUCAGAGACAGCUGGGGCCCUGAGAAGGGUUCCAUGGUUGUUGUCGAGGGAACCGAGGAGGAGGUGUUGAAGGUAUUGGAAGAUGUCGACCCGAGCCUCGACGCAUCAAUUGCUUGUUACAACGCCCCAAGAUCACACACCAUUGCCGGAUCUGUAAGUAGCAUCGAUGCCGUCAUUGCAGCAAUCUCAGAGAAGCACGCGAAGCUGCGAUUCAAGAAAUUGAGUGUUUCCAAUGCGUUCCACUCGGCUUUGGUUGCACCACUUCGAUCCCAGCUCCAGCAAAUCGGCGCCGAACUGACCUUCAACCCUGCCACCAUUCCCGUUGAAAGGUCCAUCGAUACUUCAAAGACAUCUCCAGAGUUCGAUGCAGACUUUGUCGCUGAUCACCUGCGAAACCCUGUGUACUUCUCACAUGCUACGCAUCGCCUCGCAAAGAAGUACCCAUCCGCCAUUUGGCUCGAAGCUGGCUCAAACGCUACAAUUACGUCCAUGGCAAGCAAGGCGCUUGAUAUGCCCCCAGCUCAUCACUUCCAGGCAGUGAAUCUAUCCGGUACGCAGGGAGUUCAACGAUUGACAGAUGCCACCCUUGCACUCUGGAAAGCUGGCCUCCCUGUUACUUACUGGGGUCACUCAAGAGCACAGACAGAACACUAUGCCGCCCUUCUCUUGCCACCAUACCAAUUCGAAAAGAAGAAACACUGGCUCGAGCUCAAGGCACCGCCGAAGCUUGCCGUUGCUGUAGUGGAAGAAAAGGAAGAGCUGCCGACAAAGUUGUACAGCUUCGUUGGUUACCAAGACACCAAGCAGUGUUUGGCUAAAUUCCGCAUCAACACCAUGAUUCCUCAAUACGAGGAAAUCGUUGCAGGUCAUACGAUUGCGGGCGUGGCACCGAUCUGCCCCGCCACCGUGCAGAUAGACAUUGUCAUCGAAGCAGUCAAGAGUCUCUCGAAGCAUCUCUCAGUUGAUGGCAUCCAGCCGCAAAUCCGCAGCAUGACCAACCUCGUGCCUGUGUGUGUUGACAAAUCGCGCUCCGUAUGGCUCGAUGUUGAAGCUUUGGACGCUAGCCGCACGGCCUGGAGCUGGAAGUGGACUUCUACUGGCCCGUCCGGUGGCAUGCCUACGACUCACGUUUCUGGUGAGGUCCAGUUCCGCAGCGGAAGCGACAUUCAUUACCAGUCCGAGUUCUGCCGGUAUGAGCGUCUUGUCAGUCAUCGCCGAUGCAUGCAAAUCCUGCACUCUGAGAACCCUGACGAAGUUCUUCAAGGCCAGAGAACCAUCUACCGCGUCUUCUCCCCCAUUGUCAACUACUCGCCCUUGUACUUUGGCCUGCAGAAGCUCGUUGGAUUGGGCAAUGAAUCCGCUGGUCGCGUUGUCAAGAAGCAUUCAGGUGAAAGCUGGCUCGAUUCUUUCCUCUCCGAUGCUUUCUGUCAAGUAGCCGGCAUCUGGGUUAACUGCAUGGCUGAAGAGAACGACAGGGACAUGUGGAUCGCUAAUGGCAUCGAGCAGUGGGUUCGCGCACCUACAAUGACGGAGGCACAAACCCGAUCAAUUGAAAAGUGGCACGUCUUCGGACAGCACUCGCGCUCUGCAGACGGGCUUUCCAUCCUAUCCGAUGUCUUCAUCUUUGAUGCUGCAACAGGAAGCCUGACUGAGGCCAUUUUGGGUAUUCAGUACGCCAAGGUCUCGCGAGUAUCAAUGGGCCGACUACUCUCUCGGUUGACACGCGAAGAAGCCGGAGCGGUGCAGUCACCAGCCCUCAAGAGCGUUGCUCCAGUCCUUAUGACAUCAGCCGACAUUCCUACUCCUCCCACGCCCACAGUCGCAAAGAUUGAGAUUCCUCAGCCCCCUGCCCAAGCCGCAAAGAGCGCCCCCAAUGAUAUUGUCCAGAGACUCAAGGCAAUCUUGGCCGAUAUCUCUGGCCUCGAAGUCGAUGAGAUCAAGAGCAAUGUUGAUCUUGCCGAUAUUGGUGUUGAUUCGCUUAUGGGCAUGGAGAUGGCAAGGGAAAUUGAGGGCGAAUUCAAGUGCACCCUGCCACAGGACGAACUUGUCCACGUCACCAACUUCCCGGAACUGCUUCACUGCCUCGAGUCUUCGCUUGGCAUAUUAUCCAGCAGUGGUGAUUCAUCUUCGUCUUCAUCUUCCUCGGUGGACGAACAAGAAGGCACUGAAGGGUCUAUUACGCCCUUGUCGGUCAUUGAAGAUGGCACUGGUUUCCCAUUUGACUUUGAGAUGCCUCAGUCCGCAGCUAUCAAGGCCUUCAGCGAGGCGAAGAUGGAGACUGACCAGCUCAUGGAGAAGUUUGGUGCUCCUGGGUAUCUCCAAACCAUCGCACCUCAGCAGGACCAGCUUUGCGUAGCCCUGGUCGUUGAGGCAUUCUCCAACCUAGACUGCGAUCUCAGCGCGGCCAAGGCUGGCGAGGAGCUGCCAUUCAUCCCGCACGCCAGUGACCAGAAGAAGUUCGCGCAAUACCUCUACACGGUUCUCGAAACCGCUCGCCUUGUGGACCUUGACAAUGACAAGAUUACUCGCACUAACGUGCCAGUUCCCACAAGAGCAAGCAGUGACCUUCUUCGCGAGCUACUCGACAAGUACCCUGAGCAUGCAUGCUGCAAUGAGCUCGCAUACUGGACAGGCUCGCAUCUCGCAGGCAUUCUCACGGGCAAAGAAGAUGGCAUCAAACUCAUCUUCGGUACCGAGCGCGGUCGUGAGCUAGUCGGAGCUGUCUAUGCUGACUUCCCUCUGAACAAGCUCUACUAUGCUCAGAUGGGCGACUUCCUUCGUCGUCUUGCAACAUCGCCUUCUCGCCGCCCUGAACACGGUCCUCUCAAGAUCCUUGAGAUGGGAGCCGGUACUGGUGCCACGACCAACAGCUUGGUACCCCUCCUUGCCACCCUGGGCGUCAAUAUUGAGUACACUUUUACCGACCUGGCGCCUAGCUUCGUCGCUGCGGCGAGGAAGAAGUACAAGCAGUACCCUUUCAUGAAGUUCAGGGUUCACGACAUUGAGAAGGAGCCUGCGGCCGAUCUGUUGCAAAGUCAGCACGUCGUCAUCGCCAGUAACGCAGUCCACGCCACCCGCAGUCUUCCAGUAUCUACAGGCAACAUCCGCAAGAUGCUCCGACCAGACGGUGUGUUGAUGCUGCUGGAGAUGACGGAGCCCAUGUACUGGUGUGACAUUGUCUUUGGUGUAUUUGAGGGCUGGUGGCUCUUCGAGGAUGGCAGGCAGCAUGCUGUCGCCCCUCCACAGACAUGGGAGAAGGUCCUCCACAGUGUCGGUUACGGACACGUUGACUGGAGCGAUGGCAAUGUUGAAGAGGUCAGGUGCGAGCGAGUCAUCAUCGCCACGGCAGGUGGCAAGCAACUCGAGCGUUUGAAUGUCCCGUCGAAGCCUAUCCAGCAAGAGGAUUUUCGCCACGAUGAACGGAGAGCGGCAACCGACAAACUCAUCGAGUCGAUGACCACGGGAUUCGCACUGCCUGCACAGGUAGAGCCAAGUACUGUCGAUACUAGGCCGACUGGGCAGUGUGUUCUCAUCACCGGCGCCACUGGUAGCCUUGGAUCGCACAUGCUCGCCCACUAUGCCAACCUUCCAACCGUAUCCUCAGUAAUAGCCUUCAAUCGACGCAACAAAUCCUCGGGCUUGGAUCCCCUCGGGCGCCAGCUCGCUGCUCUCAAAUCACGGGAUCUCACUCUUUCUCCUUCAGCAUCGGACAAGAUUUCUGUUUACGAGGUAGACAUGACGAAGCCGUUCUUCAGCUUGCCACAAUCCACCUACGACCAACUUGUCAAGUCCGUCACGCAUAUUGUCCACAAUGCUUGGCCCAUGAACGCCAAACAACCCUUCUCUGCUUUUCUCCCGCAAUUCCGCGUUCUUCGCAGCCUAAUCGACUUUGCUGCACUGAUUUCUGCCAAUUCAUGUUCUGAUUCCAAAGUUGUCUUUCAAUUCAUAUCUUCGAUUGCGACUGUGGGGCAUUACCCCAUACACGAGGGGACACCGCACAUCCCCGAGCAGCGCGUCACCAUCGAGCACGUUCUGCCCAACGGUUACGGAGAUGCGAAAUUCGUAUGCGAGCGCAUGCUCGAUGAAACACUGCACAAGCAUAGUUCCCGCUUCAGUGUCAUGGCAGUGCGACUCGGCCAGGUCGCCGGGUGCUCCGCCUCGGGCUACUGGAACGAGAACGAACACCUACCUUUCCUCAUCAAGAGUUCGCAGACACUGAGGGCACUGCCAAAGUUCGAGGGCCCAGUGAGCUGGACACCCGUCGACGCGGUAGCGGCAGUGUGUGCGGACCUUGCUCUCGGCGAAUCUACCGCCGGGGGCGUUUAUCACAUCGAUAAUCCCGUUCGUCAGCCUUGGAGCAAGAUGCUACCCCUCCUUGCUUCGGAGCUCGGCAUUCCAGAGAAGAACAUCAUCUCGUUCAAGGAGUGGAUCAAGCGUGUUCGUGCGUUCCCCCACGAGGCUACUCCGGGCCAAGCGGACCUAAAUCCAGCGAAGCGCCUGGUGGAUUUCCUAGAAGCGGACUUUACUAGAAUGAGUUGUGGAGGUGUAUUACUAGGUACUGAGAGGAGUCUGAAGGACUCGGCGGCCAUGAGGGGUGUUGGCAGUGUUGACGACGAAAUUGUACGACGAUAUAUUGGCAGUUGGAAAGUACGGGGGUUCCUUGCGUAG